CUUUCUUAACAAAACGAAAACAUGGCUUUAUUUAAAAUAAUUCGUGGGAUUCUCUCGACGAAAACCGUUUUUCACGGCUAAAUCUAGAAGAAACUCUGGCUCUCAUAAACAGAACAGAAUAUCUUUAUAGUGCUGUUGGGGAAGAACAUAAACAAACUUCAUCGCCGAAACAGAGUAUUCGACGUCUUCGGAGGAAUAUCUCUUUCUUCUAGUGGGAGGUAAUCCGCAUCUACCUUAGAUUACACUGGUUCAAAAUCACCAGUCCGAGGAUACAACGCUGGAAACAACGAAUUAUUACUCUUAAACAAACAUGAAUGACCAAACAAGAAAUACGCCGGUAAGCGUUGGCGUUUAUAGCAACGCUAAACAAAUUGCAAAAGAGCGCACAGACAAUGGACAGGUAACUUGCACCGACAUGAAAGGCUCGUUAUCUAGGUUUCCUUCCAAUAAUUCAGUCUCGACUGUCUCUGAGGCAAGAUCUAAAGCUCACACCAAAUCUUUGACGUUAAUGGUCUCAAACUUCAGCGUCGUACUGGUCGGUCAGUCAAGCAUAGAACAAGGAAAAAAUGAUCAUUGCUGUGGCCAAGAAAGGCUUUCUAAAGAAGCACAAGCCCAUUGCCGAAAGGAAGACUCAGGUGGAAUUGUUUCCUCCAGUGUUGAAAAACCGAUGCCCUUAAUCAAGAAACAAGGGUACCUAAAAGGACCACGAUGCGAGAGAAUCCUGGAAAAACUUGAGAUUUUGCAAGACAAUGGACAUUUUAUCAAACACGAGCAUUUAGUCCUAUCGUUGCUUCAACUUUGUGCCAAUGGAAAUGAACCUGACAUGGAGUUGGCCUUAAAAAUAGAGCGAGGAGUGGCCUUUUCUUAUCAGAAAGAGUCUAAAAAGAGCAAGAGUAUGUUUACCUCAGUCAUACAAUCAAACAAAGAAAGAACGUGUCAUGUACUUAAUUCGAAUAUUCUGAUGGCAAGAGCCUACUUUUUACUUGUGGCUGACAUACGGAAAAGAAAGCCUGUGAAGUUACCUCGGCUCUUUGAAUACCUUAAACGCAGCGAGUUGUUGUUGCAAAACUACGACUCGCCGGAAGAUUGGGCCGAACUCUACCAAAAAUACGGUCGCCUUUGGCUAGAUCGCAUGAGCCUUAUACCGGAUGACCAGAGGAAUGCGCCGGCACGAACGACCGCCAAAGAAAACGCGAGAUACUAUUUUGAGCAAGCUAUCUCGUAUAGCCAAAAAGAUCAUCGACUAAGGGUUCGGGUUAAAAGGCAAAGGUACAUUCGUCUCAAUCUUGCAACAUUACUCCUAGAUUGCGUUUCAACUGCCGUGCGAACCCAAGCGAAAGCUAUUCCCCUAAGUGACAUAAAAGAAGCUGAAGAACACCUCAAUUUCAUUCAGCAUGACCUUGGUGACAGUGUCCCCGCAGGUACAAGGAUACAGCUCUUGAAAAUUCGAUCGGAUCAAUUUUAUCGCCAAGGAUUUCUGCAACUUGCGAAGGAGACAGCUGAGCAGGCUCUUCAUCUCGCGUCCUCCAAUAAAUUUAACACAGAAUUGGACCCUCUACGAAGACGUAUAACGUUUCUUGACGAUAAUGUUGAAAAAUUUAAGCUAGUUGUUUCUAAAGAACUCGAGCAAUCAAGUAGCGAAACCUGUUGUAGUGAAUAAAUAUUAUCCGAUUAAAAUCAACAUCACGCUAGUUGAUUUCCUAACACAAAAACAUAAACUGUCAACUGGUAAGGUAGUUCUGCUUUCAUUGUUAAGCAGUUGAUUAAUCUCGUUCUACAGCAGAGGAAAGUACAAAUAAUAUAAUGAUAUGAUGCCUGAUGACUCACGAGACGAAUUUUUGCCGGAAAACGAACUUGGGGGAUGGAAAUAUUUAGCCACUAUCUGUGAGUCUAUGUUGGCAAUCGCCAGCAGUCGCUAACAGUCGAGCUCCAUCGUUGACAUCUGACGAAAUGCGUGACCAUAGAUAAGAUAUCAAGGGACUUCCCCCUUACAGGAAUGGAAACCCAUUGGUUAGAAUUUAUAAGCAGACAUCAGACUGACGGUAUCAUACAUAAAUAUGUCAUUCGUCUUUCUAAAU